CACUGUUUACAGUUCCUAUAACUACUACAGUUGAAGCUGUUGGCUGUGCGGUGUGCAUUGCUGCACAAGUCUACACAUGUGAACACAUUGAUCCAGUUCUACAGUCAACCUUGAGGGCAAUGUCUGCAGAAAUACCCCAAAACCGAACUGUGGUAGAAACCAGUUUGAGUCCGAAGACGGACUAUUUGGGGACCCUUCAAUCUGUCUGCUCUGUUGUCCAGCAUCAUGAGGAAAACCAGCCAAGCUGCCAGCUGCCUCAGAUGAGCGAAUCUGAGCCCGGUUUCUCAUCUCAGUCUGUGAAUCAAGAGACGUUUGAGGAACAGCAGAGAUCUGAAAUGGGCAGAGCCGCCUGCCAACCUGCCCAACAUAUAAUGCCUCAAAGAUCCCCUCAGGAGAAUCUAGACCAAAAUGAGAAAAUUAUCCUUCAGCUUCAGGUGAAGCAGUUGCAGAGGGUUUUACAGGAACAGAACGCAUUGCUCUCUCUUAUCAGUCCAGGACAGAUUUUAUCUCCCACAUUCUUAGCGCCCUGGCAAGUCCAGACACCUCCGAGCUUUUCAGAUGCUAUUCGCCCAAAACCUGCUGGGAGUUUAAAUGCCUUUGAGGAAAGCUCAACCAAAGCCACAUGUUCUGGUGAGUUUGAGAAUGAGUCAGAGGCUCUGGCUACUAAUAACACCAAUGAUGUUGCACCAUCAGCAGAGCUCAGACACUUGUCUUCUAUUAAAGAAGAGUCUUCAGAACCUGCACAAGAAGACUGUCCUCUUUGUCCUUUCGGAUCAAGGCAAAGUCUCCCACCAAACCCAGAGGAAAGGCCUAUUAGACCAGGACUGAGAGAAGAGCAAAAAACAUUUGAAGAUUUUGUUGAAGAAUAUCUCAAAACAGACCAAACUAUUCUCCAACAUGAGCAUCAGACUAAUACACAAAUCAGGGGAGCAGAGAAGAAGAAUUUCCUUCGUAAAGGAGAAGGAGCGUCUAGAAUUUCGAAGGGUAAGGACUGCUCCCAAAGACUCCAGAGGAGACGCUCUGUUAGUCCACAAAUGCUGAACAUGAAGAUCAGUCAGCAGAUGGUAUGUCCCACUGAAUUUCAUCAGAAAGAGAUGCCAAAUAGGAGCAGUCCUGGACUGAAGGGUGUAGGAAACCUCAGUGACCAAAGAUCGGGCCUGCAAGACUAUCUAAAGAAGUCCAUAUCUCUACAAGAUGAUGAUUUAUCAUCAAACAACAAAGGGAAAUUCAAAGCUUUGACUGCUAAUAACAAUGCAAUCUCACUUAAAAUUAAGCACAGUGUAGGAGUCGUGAGGAAUUAUGGUCAAACCAAUGGAAGCAAGUCAAAUGGAUCUGCUCUGGCACAAAGUAGAAAAAGUGUUGGUUUUAAAAAAAUGAAUGACCACAUUGUCAAAAUCGCUGAGAAAACGUGUCUAACUACAAACUACAGCCAGAGUGGAUAUACAUCUAAAGAAGUCAGUCUAACUGACGAGGUGAUGGAGUCACUGGCUCUUAGCGAUUCUCGCAACAACACUACCAGUGAGGACGGACCCAACUCUCAGUCUCAGCAGCCGUUACCUCUUUGCCUCUCAAGGCACAUAGAUCACAAAGAUCAGAGUUUGGAUUUGUCAGACGGAGACUACGCUAGUGAUGCCCCGAGUGAGACUCGAUUCAGUGAAGAACAUCGCACUUCUACUCCUACGUCCAGUUCCUCAAGCUUCAGCAGCGAUUCUGAACUCAAGAGCUUACAGGGGUCUAUGGCUAACUGCUCCAAAAAAACAGAAGAAAGGGGGACCGACAGUGACUUUAGACAACCUUCUGCUCCUGAACCCCUCACAAAGAUGUUCCCAAAAGUCAAAGUUACUCCAGAAGCCACCACUCAUGUCAUGGGACUAGGGCAACCACAUACACCACUCAGGGAAGAGAUGGGAGAGCAUGGUUUUAAUGGUGAGGAUGGCUGCAGACCUUUGCUCAGGCUUAAGAAAGAACUUCAUGAACCUCAGGAUCUGAGACAGCAGAUCUCAUCUCUGAAGCAGAAGCUGAUGGUAAGGGAGUCUCACUGGUCGCAGGCCCACAGUCUCCUCCAGAGCCGUGUUGAAGCCCUCACCCGAGAGAACCAGGAGCUUCACAGCAGGCUCAAUGUGAACAAAAGAUCGCACCAGAGUGCUGGCUCCUCUGCUCUUCAGCCUGGAUCAUACAACACAUUUGAGAAGAGAAGAGAGGAACCACAGAGGACCCCUCAUGUAAGGAGCGCAACUCCGGCCUUUAACAAACCCUCCAUCCAUAGGACACAACAGGACAAUUCAAAUGGACGUUCUUUUACCAAAGCUAAUAGGCUAACAGAAUGCACAGACAACUCUUUGACUUGCCAUGUCUUGUGUGUUAUGUUUUUCCAAAAAGGAAAGAAUCCUGCACUUUCCAUUGACAGUCCACUGAAAAAUGCCAUGAUUACACAAGGUGGAAAGAGAAGUUUGUUUUAUCAUCAUACUGACUGCAAUGAUACACAAAUGGCAUCCCAGGCCAGAAAAGACAAAGUACAGGAGGAAACCCGCUAUUCGGAUGGAAGGGUAGAGCGUCUUUUUUGGAACGGAUGUCGUGUGAUCACAUUCCGCAAUGGAACGAAGAAAGAGAUCGGUGUUGAUAAGUCAGUCACUGUUACGUUCUUCAAUGGUGAUGUUAAACGCACGCUGGCUGACGGGACUGUGAUAUACUACCAUUGUGAUGCUCAGACAACACACUCAACUUAUCCAUCUGGAUUGGAGGUUGUACAGUUUCCAAACAACCAAAGAGAAAAACAUCAUCCUGAUGGUACAAGGGAAAUAUCCUUCCCAGAUGGCACGGUUAAGAUUCUUCACUCCGAUGGUCGAGAGGAGAGCAUUUUUCCAGAUGGAACUGUUGUCAAGAUAUCACAACAUGGGGAAAAGGUGGUGGAGUUUGCUAACGGGCAGAGAGAGAUUCAUACUUCACAGUACAAGCGAAGGAUGUACCUGGAUGGAACGGUUAAAACUGUCUACACAAAUGGGAGGCAAGAAACAAAGUUCUCAUCUGGGAGGGUUUGCAUUAAGAACAAUGAAGGCAUCAUUAUAAUGGACAAAAGAUGAACUUCUAAAAACCCUUUUCA